UUUACGGAAAGAAAUACGAAGAGAUAGAGUUGAAAGCAGGACGAAGGUGGCUGUUUUCUUGCUUCACUGUUGGGUGACAUCAGAUUCGACUAUCCUUUGAUUUUUUAUUUAGCCUCGUGCGGACUAACGGUUGACCACAGCAACAACGGCAGUGUCGCAUAGACGGACGGUAGAUCAAAAACAACUAGCGCUUUAGUGUCGGCGGACAUUGCGACAAUCUGUCAGCUGUUUCACAGAAUCUUUCGGGACUGCGGAGCGCAGACGCGCAGCUCCCUUUUGAUCCUGUGGCUUGCCUUCGUCUUCCCCGGCGAAAUCUAUACAGCACUCGGUUGUUCAUCUCUGACAAGACGGUCGAUCGGCACAAGUCCCAGCGCAGCAUAUCCAAACAGCCCAUCUAACAUAUCGUCAACGACCAUUGGCGCCUUCUAAGGAAGAGGUGCCAUAACGGCUCAGCAACGCAAUAAUGACAACGACAGCCUAUAUCCUGGCCUUGCUAGCCGUCUUGUCAACUUGUUCCUUACGACAGUCAGGAGCCAACCAACAGCAGAAUGGAGCCAACAAGAAAGUCAAUUUUCGUGAAAAGGAGAAACAGAUUCUCGACAAAAUUUUGGGGCCGGCUCACUACGAUCGUCGAAUUCGGCCUUCAGCUGCCAACGGCACAGAUGGACCCACCAUAGUCGACAUCAACCUCAUGUUUCGUGGCAUAUCAGACAUCAGCGACAAUAAAAUGCAAUUCAGUGUUAUCCUGACUUUCCGAGAAGAGUGGCUCGACGACCGCCUCAAGUUUGACAAUAUGCAAGGUCGGAUGAAGUACCUCACACUCAACGAUCCGAGCAAAGUCUGGAUGCCCGACUUGUUUUUCUCCAACGAACGCGAAGGACACUUCCACAACAUCAUCGUGCCCAAUGUCUACGUGAGAAUCUUCCCACAUGGAUGGGUCUUGUACAGCAUCCGAAUUUCUCUGACUCUGUCGUGUCCGAUGAAUCUCAAACUCUUCCCGCUCGAUCGGCAAACUUGUUCACUCUCUAUGGGCAGCUAUGGAUGGACAACAGAAGAUUUGGUUUUUCUGUGGCGAGCCGGCGAUCCUGUGCAAGUCACCAAGAAUCUUCAGCUGCCGCGGUUCGCGCUGGAGAAAUUCAAAACGGACUCGUGCAACAGCAAGACCAAUACAGGGGAGUACUCGUGCCUGAAAGUGGAUCUCCUGUUCAGAAGAGAAUUCUCCUACUACUUGAUCACCAUCUACAUCCCCUGCUGCAUGUUAGUCAUCGUUUCGUGGGUUUCCUUUUGGCUGGAUGCCAACGCCGUCCCAGCACGCGUCUCCCUCGGAGUCACCACUCUUUUGACUAUGGCCACCCAAACUACGGGUAUCAACAACUCACUUCCGCCCGUCUCCUACACCAAAGCCAUUGACGUGUGGACCGGUGUUUGUUUGACAUUCGUCUUCGGAGCGCUGCUGGAAUUCGCCCUGGUCAACUACGCUUCGCGAUCAGAUGCACAUCGGGAAAAGAUGAAAAAGCAGCGCAAGCAGUGGGAGAUGGAACACCAAGCGGCUCUGGAUGCCAUGGCAGCCGACGGUCUUCUUGACGAUCGCAACUCUUUCGCUAUGAAACCCCUAGUCCCUGCCAGUACCGAAAUCAUCUUCAUGGAAGAUGGCCGUGAUCGUGGCCAACAAAGGAACGACGGGAUGCCAACAGAGACGUGUUGCCGUACCUGGAUAGGUACUUACACGUUGCGCUCGAAACGAAUUGACGUCGUCUCCCGCAUUAUCUUCCCUCUGGUGUUCGCCGUGUUUAACCUGGCUUACUGGAGCACGUAUCUCAAUCAAGAAGAUGAUAAAAUAUAACAACUUCCGAUCCUUUUUCUUUCGCCCUUCUAUCCAAAAAGAAGAAAACAACAAAUUAUACCAAAAUUUCAUGUCCCGUUUUUUUUUUUGCGCAAUAACAACUGUCAUUGCACGUGACGUUAUUUACUUGUACACGUAACUUAAAGCAGUUUUUUUUAUAUAUAUAACUGUAGUAAAUUUUACGCCCUUUUUAACUGUGAUUUGUAUACAGUUGAUUAGUAAAUAUUUCAUUUCCCCCAUUUUUUCUGUUGAUAACGACAUUUUG